GAACCUCGGCUGAGAAUCAGCUAUAGAUUUAGUCCUCGCAUCAAGCAGGAAAACAGCAAUCAAAGUAAACCUUCUUCAACCAUGGCAGACACAACAAAAGACUGGCAAUCCAAAGCCGCAGCAAAACGCGCAGCAGAGCUCUCCAAAAUCCCUCAAGAAUGGCGCCUCCCUCAAGAAUACCUCACCGGAAACGAAACAACUCCCAUCUCCGUCCUCGACAUACCCUCCAAAUGCGGCAUCCUCUCCCCAACCGAACUCGAAAUCACACAACUCACCGCAACCUCUCUCGCCCAAAAAGUCCAAUCCGGCACCCUCAAAGCCUCCACCGUCGCCCAAGCCUUCUGCAAACGCGCCGCAAUCGCCCAACAACUCACAAACUGCCUCACAGAAACCUUCUUCUCCGACGCUCUCACUCGAGGCGCCCAACUCGACGCUUACCUCACCGAACACGGAAAACCUGUCGGACCUCUCCACGGUGUCCCUAUAUCCAUCAAGGAUUCUUUCCGAUAUAAAGGCGUGCAAUCUUCACUGGGGUUUGUUUCGUUUUUGGAGAGGGGAGUUGAUGAGGAGAAUUCUCCGUUGGUGGAUUUGUUGUUGGGUCUGGGGGCGAUUUUGUAUUGUAAGACGAAUGUGCCGCUUACGCUUAUGACGGCGGAUAGUCAUAAUAAUGUUUUUGGACGGGUGUUGAAUCCGGGGAAUUUGAGGUUGGGGGCGGGAGGGAGUAGUGGGGGGGAGGGAGCGUUGGUGGCUUUUAGGGGGUCGGUGAUUGCUUUUGUUGCUUAGAUUGGUGGGAGUGUGAGAAUACCAGCUUUGUGCAACGGCACAUAUGGCUUCAAGCCAACCCCAGGCCGAAUACCCUACGGAAACCAAGCUUGGUGCUCAGCACGCGGAAGUCCCGGUUUCCCAGCAUGCGCCGGUCCCCUCGCAAACUCCUUCGAAGACACAGCAUUCUUCCUACGUACCAUCCUCUCAGCCUCACCCUGGGACCACGACGCCACAGCAAUAUUCUACCCCUGGCGCUCCGCAAUCGCCGACCAAACCCCCUCAAAACUUCGCAUAGGCUACUACAUCGAAGACCCAUCCUUCCCCACUCACCCACCAGUCCGCCGAACCCUCGACGAAGCAGCGAAAGCCCUCGCAGCAGCCGGCCACGAAAUCAUAGUAUUGAACAACACCCCCUCAAUCAAAACCUCCGUAGACCUCGCAACAGCGUACUGGUCCAUGGACAACACCCGAACAUUCCUCAAAAAUAUCGAAGCUGGAGGUGAACCUCUUAUUCCUUCUUUACAACGUACAUUGGGUACAAUGGUGGCGAAACCAGAAGGUUAUACACUCGAAGAACUCUUCGGCGUCAAUGUCCUUGCUGGAGAAUAUAAAGCCCUCUGGCACGACUUAUGGAUCGCGAAUAAACUCGAUAUCAUCCUCUGUCCUCCUGCGCAGACGACUGCUGUACCACAUGAUGAUUUCGGUGUACCGCAUUAUACGAUUUUGUGGAAUUUGUUGCAGUAUCCGGGGUUGAUUAUUCCGGUGGGGAAGGUCGAUAAGGCUGUUGAUCGGGAUGAGUUGGCGAAGCCGGAGGUGGAGACGAAUCGGAUUUAUCGAAGUGAAGACGUGCAUGGUGCACCUACGUCGAUACAACUUGUUACGAGAGCAAUGCAGGAUGAAGAGCUCGUUAGUUAUGCCAGGGUUAUUGAUAAAGUGCUGAAAGGUACUUGA